AUGACGAAGGUAGAAGAAGAAGAAACAAGUGUUAGCUCACUUGGCAGCGAAACAUGUCUGCUUUCCCCGUUUUCCCUCUCCGCUGCUUCUCCGGUCAAGCACUCCGAGAACCCAUGUUUUGUCUUUGCAAAGCUAAAGCGUUGGGAACGGAAAAAAUGCAAACCAAACAGUCUUCCUGUUCUGCACAAAAUGCAUGUCAAGUUUGGUGAUAUGGUCAAAGUUAUAUCUGGACGAGACAAGGGUAAAAUCGGAGAAGUCACUAAGAGGCCACAACAGUACCAUUGUAAUCAAAGAGACAAAGAUGUUAACCUCAAGGCCAAACACAUGAAGAGCCGUGAAGAGGGAGAGCCUGGCCAGAUUCUUAAGGUCAUUUUUCCUCUGAUCGAAGCACAGCUCAAAUGUGUGAUGCUGUAUUCAAAAUAAAAGGAGGUGGUAAGCCGGGUUCACAAGGUCCUUGAUGAUGGAAGAUACCUGAUCAAAACGGGGGAACUAACCAUUGAGAAGUGGAAGCAACUUAGGGAGGCAAAGGAUAAAGAAAGAACAACCCAAGUUGCAGUUUCCUCCGCAUCUUAG